AUGGCGGAUGAAAGCAGCUCGGACGCGUCCGACACCAGCCACCAUGCCGUCGAAUGUAAAUGGAGCAGGUCAGCGGUACAAGCAGGAUACGUAGAGGAUGCGUACAUCCGUUACUUCACCGAAGGCAAGAAGCAUGGGCCGAUCCACAACAUGCUUCACUUCCUGCGCAUCACCGCCAUAAGAAGAGCUGUGACCACCUUCAUCGAGCAGUUUCCGGAGGAAGACGUGCAGCUGGUUAACCUUGGCUGCGGUUUCGACACUCUGGCGUUCUGGGUGCUGCAGCAGUACCCGAACGCCACGUGCUUCGAAGCGGACAAACCGGAGCAGUUGCAGGCGAAGGCAACGAUGAUCAGGAACGCAUCACCUGUGAUGCAACUGUUGAAGGACUACGAGGAUGACGGGGAAGAGUUUAUAGUUGCCAAGAGAUACAAAAUGGUGCCGGCGGAUCUAAACAACAUUGCAGAAAUAGAGACGCUCGUGCCGAAAUAUGGCUUCUCCAGGGACUGCAGCCAACCCACCCUAUUCCUCAGCGAGUUCUCCCUUGUUUACUUGGGUGUGGAAAACAGCAACGAGAUCAUCAAGUUCGCUAAUAAGCUAUGCAAUCGCCCGUCCUGCUUCGUGUAUUGGGAGCCGACAAGGAUCGAAGACAAGUUCGGUCAACUCAUGCUCGAACGGUACAGAGAAUUUGGAAGCGAGCUACAUGGGUCGAUUGCUUACCCGACCAUAGAGAGCCAGAUCAAAAGGUACACCGAGCUCGGCUGGCAGAAGGUCGCGAUCAUGGACAUGAAUACCCUAUACAACGCACUCAUCACCGAUGAGGAGAAGAAAAGGGUCAAGGUAGGUGUUAAUAUUGGCGUCACCGCAUCGAGCGCUUUGCAGAAACUUGAGUGUCUGGACGAGGUCGAGGAGAUAGUCAUAGUAUGCCAGCAUUACGUCAUAGGUAUAUGCGGCAACCAACCGGAGAAGCUAUCGAAGCUGUUCGGUACAUUCACCCAAACGGAGGCGAACAAAACGAUUAGAACUUACACAACGGAGGAAGUACGAGAAAUGAUACGAAGUGGUACCCUUUCCGAAAUGCAGCCGGCGCCAUUGAACACAGGGUGGCUAUCGUAG